AUGGUAAACAUUGGGAUAACCAUCGGUGUAACGAGUGAUGUAACCGCGGAUGACUCAGAAGAUGAGUAUAUCAGAAGUGUAGAGUUGCGUGUGCAGGAGGAGUUAUCAAAAAUCGAAAAAGUAUUGAUAGGUCAAGAAGAUACGUCAGACACAACUCGCCCAAGCUCGCAACUGUCCGGUACUUCCCGGCGAACGUCACGAUUGGAGUUAUCCAGAUCUUAUCCUGUAACUUCCGGGAAAAGCACUAUUCCACAUCCGAAGCAAGCAGCACCAUCCAACAGACGUAUAGAUCCAUAUUUACACGAAGAAUCACAAAACGUGUCACGCCCAGCAUCAGAAGCAAGAUCGUCUGUCAUCGUCGAUGCGCCGAAUGAGUCGUCUUCAGCCGCAAUGCCAGGAACCUCCGAUCCUAUUUGUCCGAUUAGCUCCAUAAUUUCGUCAAUGGUGACGGUUGGAGUACCUAUUACUCACCUCAAAGACACUUUGAGAGGAGAACCCACAUCUAGCACUACACAGAAAAAUGUCAUAACGGCACCACCGCUCGACCGUAUUUUGACAAAUCCAUUCUCUGAGACAAGGAUUCAACCCAAUUCUCAUCAGCGUCCUUUAGUGGGCAUUAAUCAAUCUAAUAACAGUUCCGAUAGGAAAAAUAGUACAACAUCACAGUUUACACGGAGCUCAACUGCAUCUGACCGAAUCCCAGUCACGCAUCGUGCGGUAUCCAGGUCCACACCGAGAGCAGAUGCACCGCCAUUAGUAGAAACUCGAACUGCGUCACCGGCAAGACAAACAGGAAAUGUGUCGAAUGGUCAAAACCAGCCGUGCCAAUUAGAUCCUUCACGAGUUACCAACAAUCAUGGAUCAUAUUCGUCAAACUAUCGUAGAAGACCACUCAUCCCGCUCUUUGAACCAGCUGUUAACACAACCCAACAUGCUGAACAAUCGACAUGGGUCGAUGAAAGCGCUGGAAAUUUGAAUGCUCUGCCGACAACGUCCUAUCAAUUGAGCCCAAACGAUGCAGUCAUUGCUACAUACACCGAUCCCUCAGAUGGAACCAUUCAAAGCACUCGUCCAGAUGCUCGAGGAUACCCAGAUAUGUUCACCGAUUUACGACGUCAACUUGCCGAAGAGGAUAGGAAGAAAGAACCACACAGGAACUCGGUAAAUAGAGAAUGGGGAGAACCGCUAAAUACCGUUCAUAUGGAGUUUGGAGCAAUUUCAAGGCCAUCCACUUCAAUGUCCAGACGUCCGCCAGUACUUCCCCCCUGCAGCAAGGGUAAAAAAUCGGAGUCCGAAAAAAAGCUUCCAAAUGUUUCACCAUCUGCUGGGCUUUCCACACAUCAGCAACAAUCACAGAAUCUCUUCCAUGACAACGGCUACCCAAGUGCGCCUGCCAAGAAUGUUUCGCAAAUUUCACCAACACCCUGUCAUCCAAAAGUCGCCGUUUUUCAUAAUGAAAUCGAUCUUAUCUCAUUGACAUCAGAAACAGCGGGAAAUAAGACGGAAGAGGAGUUGCAGCAAUAUGUGAAUGCUUUUUAUGACAACAAUCCACGUCAUAAGUUCAAAGAAAGCUAUCCGUUCAUGGCAGAGGGAAUGGUUCAGAAAGAUUAUCAAACCGGAGAGCUCAAGGUUUUUUCAUCCCGUCUGGGAAAAACGAUGAUUCCCGACAAGCGUACUGAUACUUCGCACGACUAUGUGUAUUUCUUAGUAGUGAAACCAGGCGAUUUCAGAGGAUUUGUUUUCGACACGCAUCCGAGAUGCUUGAUCUCUGCCAAAUUCCCAUCAGUCGAGAGUAUUGUGGUUCGUGGAUACGCAAUCCUUGCACAUUCGAUCAACCCGGGCGAUGAUUCAUCGAAAAAGGAGAAUCGUUGGAUCUGCUGGAAUGAUUCGCUAGGAAUGAUGCAGAUAUUGAGUGGAUCUGCGCGCAUCCCAUUGAAGAAGCAAGUAGUUUGGGACAAACAGCUAGAUAUAAUCUCUAUCCAUGCGAUAUUCGAAAACGGCAGAUUUAUAGUGAAAACGGUGGUAGCAUUAACUAAUUCCGGGGAAAAGAAGCAGCACUUCCCAAAUGAAGUAUUCUUGGUUACAGAUCCGGAAUACGUCAAGAUGAUGGACGAUGACCUAGUCUUCUUCUCGAAAAAACUUCGUGCAUCAAUCUAUAUCAAGCAAUCGUUGGUUGGCAAUGUGGAAGUGCCCCCAGGAUGUUCAUAUCAAUUAGUCGUCGCUCCGACGUUUACCAAGUCGACGAAUCUCCAAUACCGGGCACUUCUGCUCAUCCACAAGCCAAACGAUUUUUGGGAGGAAAGAAAGUGGAUUAAAGAGAUACUCGUUGAAAGAAUGCAUGCGCAUAAUUUAUAA